AUGCUAGUUGAGAAAUGUCCUGUUAAGUCGGUUGAACUGACUGAUGAUGAGACUAAAGCCUACAAUAAGUGGGUUAAGGCUGAUGAGAUAAUAAGAUGCUACGUUCUUGCCUCCAUGGCAAAUGUGUUGCAACAUCAACAUCAAUCCAUGACUAUUGCUUACGAUAUGCUUGAAUCUCUCAAAGAGAUAUUCAGUGAGCAAAAUUUUUCUACAAAGCAGACGACCAUGAAAGCCCUUUUGACCACAAAAAUGGUUGAAAAAACUUCGAUGAGUCCAGUUAUUGAUAAGGAAUCUCAGGGUGAGAUGGUCCUACACACUCUACUGGAAAGUUUUCAGCAGUUUCGCUUGAAUUAUAACAUAAAUAAGAUGGACUUAUCUCUUGCAAAACUGUUGAAUAAGCUGCAAACGACUGAAUCUAUCGUUAAGCAACAAGCUCCUCCUGAGGCAUUGAUAGUUGACAAACCUUCAUCUUCGACUUCUAAUUCGAAAGGCAAAAAGAAAAAUAAGAAGAAGUCCCGUAAGGUUCCAACUGCUAAUGGUGAUAUGACUAAUCCUAAGGGCAAAUGCUAUCACUGCAAACAACCUGGUCAUUUUAAGAAAUAG